AUGUUUCCGAAAGCUAUGGUCAGCCUCUUGGAGAAACGAGUUCAUUGGCUCACGAAAGAAAGUCGAGGAUAUUUUGGUUGUAUCGUGGAGCCACACGUGGUCAUUGUGGUGGAUUUGUCCAAACACAAUGCCGUGUAUUUGGUUCACAUUCAGUACUGUAUUCGUCAUGUGCUCGAACAACAAAUAGCCCAACAACAAGUCACAUUCAAUCUGAUUGCUAUUGGUUCCACUGUGCGUGCAUUUCGACCGCACCGAGUCCCGGUCAGUGCGGUCAAUUUGCAAGCCGCGUGGGAUUGGUUUCGCGAGCAAUCAUGCACGGGGACGCGAAAUGUUCUGGCCGGUCUGAGGUAUACCCUGGAAAACGAGGCGGAACGCGGAGUGGAUGAGUCAUCACAAGGCAUUUAUCUAUUCACUUCGGGUAUUCCGGAUCAAGAAGGU